AUGAAUAUAGAAUUUUAUUCUUGUCGCAAAUUAGAGUUUGAAAGGGGAGAAGAAGAAAUCAAUGAAGAUAAGUUGGUAGAUGAUAACAGGAAGAGUAUCGAUGUGAUCCAUUCAGAAAUAUCCGAGAAAUCAAUUCCAAAAAUUGGCAUGGAGUUUGAAACUGAAGAUGAAGCUUAUAAUUUUUACAAUUCUUAUGCUUAUAAAGUUUGUUUUGGCAUUAGAAAAAGUAAAGGAUAUAAAGAUAAGCAUGACGUGAUGAUAAAUAGAACUAUUUGUUGCUCUUGCGAAAGGUAUCGUCAAAAAGAUAAGCGAGAUGUUAUUGUGAGAGCUCAUCGUGCUAAGACAAGGUUUGGAUGUCUAGCACUAAUGAAAGUCGAUUGUCGUCAAAAUGAUAAAUAUCAUGUUGUCGAGUUUAAUCCUGAGCACACUCAUGUGACAUCAACUCCUACAAAAAGUCACUUACACAGAUCACAAAGAAGAUUGACUCCCGCCCUAGCUGCUGAAAUAGACUUAGCUGAUAGUUCAGGAAUUGCUCCAAAAGAAAGUUGGGAACUAAUGACAAAGAGCGCUAAAGGACGUGAAAGUCUCGGAAUUACCCACGUUGAUUAUAAGAAUUAUUUAAGAACCAAAAGAACAAUUCAAAUGAGGUCAGGAGAUACUGGUGGUGUUCUUGAGACUCAAGGGAAGCAAUUAGAAGAUCCUAACUUCUUCUAUGCUAUUCAAGUGGAUGUAAAUGAGUUAAUAACAAAUAUCUUUUGGGCUGAUGCAAAAAUGAUUAUGGCAUAUUUUUAUUUCAGCAAUGUUGUUUCUUUUGACACUACCUAUAAGAAAAAUAAAGAAGGUCGGCAUUUUGCUAUGUUUCUUGGGGUGAAUCAUCAUAAACAAACUUCUAUUUUUGGGGCUGCACUUCUUUAUGAUGAAACUGCUGAAUCAUUCAUGUGGUUGUUUGAUACCUUUGCUAAAGCAAUGUCAGAUAAAAAACCAAAAACUAUUCUUACAGAUCAAGAUGCGGCAAUGGCAAAAGCAUUGGCUUCUAAAUGGCCAAAAACACAUCACCGUCUAUGUAUAUGGCAUUUAUAUCAAAAUGCAGCAAAACAUCUUAGUGGUGUUUUCGAAAAAAUUCGAGAAUUUGAUAAAGAUUUUAGCAAAUGCAUAUAUGAUUACGAAGAUGAAGAAGCAUUUUUACAAGCUUGGAAUGAGAUGCUUGAGAAAUAUAAUCUUCAAGAUAAUGAUUGGCUGAAGCGUACUUUUGAUUUAAGAGAAAAAUGGGCUUUGGUAUAUGGUAGAGAAACUUUUUGUGCAGACAUGACUACUACUCAAAGUCUCAGAAGUUUUUCUUCUUCUGAUUAUCAUCCCAGAGAUCCCUACGCUCUCGCCACAAGAGUUUCUUCACCAGUCCAGCUUUAA